AUGGUGCGGGUUCUGCUCUUACUCGCCUUUGUUGGCUUCUAUGGAGCCUCCUUCGGGCUUGAGCUCAAUCUGGACCCGGAUGAGCUGAUAGUAGCACAGAGGCAAAGCGCCGGGGGCCUGUUCUUCUACGACUCGAAAGGCGCGUCGUUGCUGUUCAAUCGCAGUCUCUUCGUCUACCGGGACUCGCAGUACGACGAUUGGUCGAAGUGGAGCGCCUGUUCGCCGCACACCUGCCUCGAGCACCGCUUCCGCCGCUGCUCCGACGACUCCUACCUCCAGCCAGUCAACCAGAUGACCUCGGCUCGUGUGUGUCCCUUCAAGUUCAUCGCCGAAGAGCGCCCUUGUUCUGACAAGUCAAACUGCAUCUCCAAUGGUAAGAAGGGUGUGGAUAGGAAUUGGCGGGCACACGGGAUUUUCGAUCCGUCCACGAUCUACCACGAAAGUUUCCUUGCCUACCUCUCAGCUCUACCGAGUCUAACCCGACCCUCCCAGGAAAUAGAGAGAAUGCGGAGCAUUUGUGGUGUGCGCGGCAAUGAGGACAAAAACGUUAGGAAACGCCCUCAAUACGAUGACUACGAUGAAGAGGAACCCCCGUACAGACUCAAGAUCCUGGGUGGAAGACCCUCCAAGCCAAAGAGUUGGCCGUGGCAAGUUGGCAUUUACAAAGCUGCCAAUUACAAUGCCUCAGAGGGUCUGACUCGCCUGAAAUCGGAGAACAUAAUGUGCGGAGGGACACUAAUUGCGCCCAAGUGGGUUUUGACGGCCGCGCAUUGCGUGAAGAUGAUUUUGCGCUCUCGAUCCAUUCCCUUCGGCCUCCCGACCGACAUAGACACACCAGAGAUGGCGCCGAUUUCUAUGUUGGUGCGCGUUGGCGACACGCGCCUCGACGGCACGAAUAAACAAAGUGAACAGGAGAGCGAUCAUGUGGUGGACCAGGUCAUCAUUCACCCCUACUGGGUCGCCGAACGCGUCAACAGUCCCUACGACAUUGCCCUGCUCCGGCUGGAGACCCCUGCUGAUCUUAGUAACGACACAGCGGGAGUAGCGUGCAUUCCACGGGAGGAGGAUUCGGGGCCCCCAGAGGACGCGAUUUGUUACUCGGUGGGAUGGGGAGAGAACACUAAGCCCCAGGGCUUCGACAGGCAUCCCAGGCGCUCCUUCUUCCGGCCAUUCUUCUGGCCUUUUGUGAGGAUGUGGCCACGUCGUGUGGAGAGACCGACGACGCUUCGUGAGAUUCGUGUGUCCAUCAACCCCCCCGAGAAGUGUUUCCACCACGACGACGAAAACGACGUUCAAAUUUGCGCUGGAAGUCAACAGAAGGGCGUCUGCGCCGGCGACACCGGUGGUGGACUGUUCUGCAAGAACGAGAAAGACGGUCUCUGGUACGUCUACGGCGUCAUGGGCUCGGGUCCGACCCAGUUCUGCUCGACGCGUCGUUGGCUCUACAACUCCGUGGGAAGCGUCACAAAGUGGAUCAACCACUACGUCGUUUGA